AACCAUACGAUCGGAUGUUAAUUAAUGUGUAUUUAGGAUUUAAAGCGCUGGCGUGGGCUGGUUGAAUUUACAAACCAACCAAAAGACUAAGAAGAUGUGUGCUAUACCACUGACCGUUGAUGCUAUAUGCUAACUCAUAUUAGCAUGUUUGAGAUGAUGCGGGUAAUGUGGUGUCUCGUUUCAUAUUCAGACGCCUAAGCAGCUGCCUACCAACGUUUGUGUUAUGUACCUAAAACCUUUAUGUCUCAUGGAACGUGAAAUAUAUUUCAAAUAGCUGUUUAAAGUCCUUUCAAAAUGGAUGUCGAUGUCACUUGUGUAAAUGGCUGUUUACUACAGCACUAGCUCCCUAUAAGGACAAGGGUGGAUUCUAGACUGUUCGUAUAUAAAUAAAUACUGAUUUAAAUUGUAGUACGAGUUAGGUUUUUUAAAAAAUCGACAUUAAAAAGAACAGACAUGUAGCUAUUUAACUAUACAACCACUAGGUCGAAUAUGGCAGAGCUACAUUCACUUGUUGCGUUUGUUAACGAUGGUAAUAUUCGUGCGAAGCUGUCACAAGUGUUAUUCACGCUAAAGUACAUUAGCAAAUGUGCUGCGUGGACAAAAAGGGAUAAAAAUAAAGGAGAGGAAAAGUCGUGGUCAGUGUUGUUUUUCCCAGUCUUGUGGUUCAGACUGGAGCUGAGGCAGAGGUUAUUAUUGCUGAAUCACCCUGACUAUACGGAACAGCCGCGACCGCUUUGGACAAACCUUCGUCCCUGCCUUUAAACCACCGGUUCCCACGCUUUUCGGGAAAUAAGAGUUAUUUUCAGCAAUCUGAGAACCAUUGUGGCUACUUUUGUGUUAACCCUCCUUAUGGAUCAGCACCUGUUUGUCUAGAGAUUCCAGGCCUAAAGGGCUGUGAAUGCUUAUCAUGCUGUUCAUGAACUGACACAAGGGAACACGCGGAUUGUUUUUUGCUGAAAUUCGAUUAUUUAAUUGUAUUUAACGUGUAAAUAAGUAUUUUGUGUUUACACAACCUUUUGUAAACAAUGUCUACAUUCGACUAUUUUGAGAUAAAAGUUGUAAUAAAUUUGGCUUCUGGAUCUUUAAGCUAAAUAGUCAGAGUUAUAGUUUUACUCUUCGUUUGUUUUGAUAAGCUAGCUGCUAAAGUGAGAUAUGGAGGAGGGCUUGGACCAGUGUACUGGAGGAGAAUAAUAAUCCAAGGUUAUCAAUACCUAAAAGGUAUCAGGAGGGUAUUCUAGAUUUAAUGUUUAUAUCCUUUUUUAAAUGUAUUACUUCUGAACUCUUUAUAGCUUCAAUGUAUAAACACGAACAAAAAUCAGGAUAUUUUCUCAGUCAAAUUCAGUAACAUGUCAAUUCCAAUGUCCUCAGAAAACGCAUAUAUUUCAAGAUUUUACUUAAUUUAUAAAAAUCUUUGCUUCUGUCUACAUACGUUUUUGAAUAUAUAAGCCUAAUAUUAUAAAACUUUAUACUAGAAUUAUGCCCAGAUGUAUUGAAAAUAUGAAUAAUAAUUUGGUCUUGUCAAACAAAUCUGUGAAGUCAUCCUAUACCUUGCUUGUUUUCAUAAAUGUAUGCAUUCUUUUUCUGUUUUGGUGGUUCAUUUUCCUGUCCUGUCGGCAUAGUGCCUGUGUAUUUUUCCAGUACUGCUGAGUUCAGCAGAACAACUCAAGGCUUGUCUUUAAAUCCACGUCAACUCCAGGUGACUGACACAAGCCUUUAAUAUCUUUUAUUUUAGAGCCAUGAACAAGAUUAGGCUUUUAGAGACUUUCACAUGUACCACAUGUGUUUGUGUCAAAACAGAAAACGUGAAGAGCUAAUGUGCAAAUAAUUUAUAGCUGCAUAAUAACACCUUUUUGUAACUGUGGGGCAGAAGUAUGCAUGGAAAAAAAUACAGUAUAUCAUGUUAACAGUAAACUCAGUCAGGUUUUAAUCAUCCAGCCUCAAAGAUGUUUGAUUAAAACUCGCUAAAAGGAGAUGCUACCACAUUAGGGCUUUCCCCACAAAUUUCACUGAUACGGAAUGACAUGUUUACUUCCUCUAGUAUAGUCUAGUGAAAGAUUUACAAUUCCCCUAAUCCAGUUCAAAAGACGUUUAUUAAAUGUCACCAUAUUGUGGCAGGAGUAUUCACAGCUAUUUCUCAGAGAGAAACAAAGGUUUAGAUCUGAUAACACAUCAACAGGGUGCAUUUCAUCACCAUAGGUGUUGCUGAUGUUGCAGCGAACACCAAAUCUCCCCCCAAAAUCAGUGUGGGAAAAUACCUCGUGGUUUAAUGAUGUCAAAUUUGACCUUAUUGGUGAAACCAGACAUAAAUACCGCCGAAGGCUGAACUGCACUCACUUCAUCAACACAGCAGUGAUCUGAAGGCCACAAACAAAUCAAGCGAGAAAAUUACAAAGGGGAAAACAGUUCCUGUUGGACUUUAAACCCACGCACACAACAACAUUUGUGAGCUUGUGACCUUAAGAGACGUGCAGGAAGUCCCCGAGUCAUGUGUGAAUGGGACAUUUUUAAACACUGUGUUGAAGGCAGUACAGACUCAUUGACCUCUUUUUCACAAACGAACGUCGAUCUACACUGUACUUUCCUAACUUUAACAUGUCAGCAUUUCAGGUACAGUUUAUCAGCAGGUUCUUGGAUUUAUUUCCACAAAAAAACAAGCUAGUAAAUCUUUGACAGAGUUCUCAAAAGUGCCAAAACUAAAAAGGGCAUUAGGUUCAUAAAACAAAAACAUAACCAGAAAGUUACUAAACAAUAUCCAAAUGUAGCACAAUGGCUAAGAAUUUGCAUUUUAGCCAAACAUUGGUCAGAAAAAUGGCUAACCAAAUUUUACGUCUUUAAAAAGUGAGCAGAAGGACUUUAGAAUAACCAAAAACAUCUUGAUUACUGCUCAGGUAUGGCUAAAAGAUAGCCAAGUAAUAUAGGAAAGUAUGGUGAAAAUUAGCUUGAAUGUAACAGAAAUGCACCUAAACUGACCAAAAAGUCUAACAAAGGUUGGGCUAAAACAGGAAUAAAGCAAGAUAGCCAAAGGUAUGGACCAUGACUUAAACUUGGACCACACCGUUAAAGAAGACAUUUCUUUAAUUGUUUUUAACAAUGAAAGCAUAGAGCCGUUGGGUGUUUUGUUGACAGGAGGAAGUGUGGAGGGAAUUGUUGGGACACCUGCUUUGAGAAACCAAAGAGCAGACGCACGACAACUUCCUCCUCACAAUUCCAGUGAACAGUAAACGUUGUGUUGCUUUCAAAACCUCCUCUUCCUUUCAUAUCAGCCACACAGUCUAAUGAGAGAGCACAUUUUUGGAGAAGCAUGACCGGGCUGUGGCUUCUCCUUUUCUUUAUCGUGCAUGACUGACUGUCUUGUGAGCGGAUGGGUGUCUAUAUUUGUGUUGACUGGUGCUCGGAGGUUGGAAACAAAAAGCUGAAGACAGCGGCAUCAUGACAACGGAGAGAAACAGCAAAGCCCUAAAGGUGAAGCAGGAGUGUGGAGAGAACGUUCCCUACCUGUCAGACAAUGAGCUCAUGUCCCUCUCGGUCCGGGAGUUGAACCUCCACCUCCGUGGCAUGGCCCGUGAGGACAUCCAGAAGCUAAAACAGCGGCGCCGCACGUUGAAGAACCGAGGCUACGCCGCCAGCUGUCGGGUCAAACGCGUCUCCCAGCGCGAGGCCCUGGAGCAGCAGAAACUGGAGCUCCAACGGGAGGUGGAGAGACUCGGCGCCGAGAACGCCGGCAUGAGGAAGGAGCUGGAGGGUCUCGGAGCACGUUUGGCCGCUCUGCAGAGAUUCGCCAGGGGGCUGGAAGCCGGGGGCGGCAAUCUGCUGGCCACGGCCCCACGCCUUAACACAGCCUCGGUCAUCACCAUCGUCAAGAGUCCACAUCAGCCUCAGCCACAGAGAGAACACGAGCCGUCGUAGGAGGAGCUACUGGAGCCAGACUUGGGGAAGGGGGGGGGGGGGCACAACCUACAAUGCAAACACACACAUUCUUACACUCACACACCAAUACACACACAUGCAGUUAUAGAUGUACUAAGAACACACAGAUGCUGGAGAACAAGUCGUAUAUACAGUAGGUAAAUGAGUAGGAACGUACUCGCUUGUUAGCAUCACACCUCGUUCACGUUGUUAUAUGCAAGUGUCAUUUGAACCUGUGUUUGACAGAGCAGUGUCUAACGUCACCAAAAACGACAACAGCUACGCUUAGCUUCUAAACAACAGCUGAAACUAAAUGGUUAUCUAGGACAAGUGGAGGCGUCCUCCACUGUGGAACUAUUUUAUAAACACUGCAGCUUCGCUGAGGCCGAUCACGCUCAAGUGUGUUUGUUUUUAAGAUGCAUAAGAGUCAUAUAUUUAAAACAAUGUGUCAGGUGUAAUGUGAACGAGGCAUUGAACACUGAGACACAUACACACACACACCCCCCCUGGCUGUCACUUUUUACUUUUGAACUUUUUCAAAUUUCUCUUCGACAACAGAACUAAAAGAUGGUUGAAACCAUUGAGAGUUGCACAGGACCAGCACUCAAUAAAAGAAGACAAAAUGUCACCACGCAUCUAGUUCCAAGCUUGAAUUUUGGUGAAAGUGACAGCUAUAACACGCACACACACACACACACACACACACACGCGCACAAUUCUCCCCAACCACCCACCCACCCCCACUUCCCCCUGACCCUCACAGGGUUGCACACAGCGACUAACUGGACUCUGACUCUGAAGCCCAGACCAAUAAUCCAGAAUGACUGUACUCUUCAGCCAGGGUAACCUGUGAUUGUGCUGGCAAGAAACCAGGACGAAUCCUCUGCCUCAGUUUGAGACUAGUGACUGACAGCCAAACGCUGUGGCCGCCGCCACCGCCGCCGUCAGAAUCUGCACCGUACGUGCAGCUAAAGUAUAUGGGCCACUCCUUCAAACCCGUCCAGGAUCAUGUGUUUUCUGUCAGGCUCACAGUUUUGAAUCACUUCUGACAUGAAUGCAGAGUUUCUCAACCUUGGUGUCACUUGAUAUCCAAGGACAAAGGCCACGGGAGAUUCCCCACGACUGGAACAAAAGACGAACCACACUCACAUUCACCUGACAGCUCUGGAAACCAGUGCUUCUCAAAUGGUCAAUCCUAAGAAGGCCAGGUGUUUUGGUCACGACCCAGUUUUUUCCUAAAGGUCCAGGUGAUAUUUUCUAUUUGGUUUUUUCAGUUGUAAGUCACUGUUGUAUUUGGUUAGUUAUUUCUCCACCCAUUACUGACACACCCUGCUGGUAAAUUCUUGGUCUGACAAUGAGAGGCCAAAACUGUCAUCAUGUCACACAACCCACUUUUGGGUCAUGACCCACCAUUUGGGAGGCACUGCUUUUGACGAUAGGAUCAUAAGGAUGUUAGUUAACACACACACACACACACACACACACACCCCGGGGAAAAAGGCUGAAAAACUCUGCAUUUGUUUGUUCACGUUUGUUUCCAGACAAAGUUUUGAUUUGUGACAGCUUCUGCUCAUCGUCAUAUUCUACAGAGUAAAACUCGACUGCUUGUGUACCCGUUACUCACAUUACUGCAGUGCCUUUAGUGUAUGUCAGCGUCAGUAGACUGGACACUUAAUUCUCUUCUCAAUUCUCUCACAUUUCCUCAGCUGCGUUCACUUGUCUCGUCCCGUGACCUUUAACCUUUGCUGCAGUUUCUCCUGAAAAAUCUUAACAACAGACGUUUGGUGACUUUGACAGAAACACGUCCCAGCGGAGUCUCGUCCUGUCGCUGUCCAAACAAGAGAAGGAAAAAAAAAAAAGUCAAAUGAUGCAAAACUUCUGCAAACAUUCCCCCUCAUCUUUUACUGGUGUGUUUGUUCUUUGUAACGUUUGUACCUGUACGUUGAGAGACGAAAAUGUUAGGUGACAUUUAUCAAGAGAUACAUAUAUAUAUAUAUAUAUACAUAAAUAUAUAUAUAUUCUAUAUUUUAUUUGUAUUUAAAAAAGGUAGAUAAGAAAAAGACAAGCUAACGAGUGCUGUGAUUGUUCCUGUCCGUUUUAUUUUUUUUUCCCAGAAGUACUUAACUUACGACUAGUCUGAGGAUAUUCUCACGUCCGAUAAUUGUGUUGUGAUUUUGUUUGGCAAAAAUGUUCAUUAUUAUUGUUAUUGUUAUUAUUAUUAUUAUUAUUAGCUGCGUAGAAAUAUGCUCUAAGCCAAUGGUCAUUUUGCUGUACGAUGAUGAUUUGUGUGUAAGUUGUUAGUGGAUCCUUGGAGGGAUUUUUUUCAUCUGUUUAAUUAUUAUAUUUUUUGAAAAGAGGAAAACACAAGUGAAAUAGAGAUGGAGAGUGGAGGAGGAUUGGCGAAGGAUCGGAGGAGGAGGAGGAGGAGAGGGAGGAGAGGAGUGGGUACGAUGGAAACAGGAAGUUGUCGGUAAAGGAACAGGGAAGGAAAGUGGAGGGGAAUUAAUCACUUGAAAAACCUCCAUAGAUGAGUUUUGAAGCUGCAGUAACAUAGCCAUAUUAUUUCUGAAGCAGGCAUCGUAUCACAAUAAUAGACUGUCCACGACAAACAAGUCCUUCAAAGACGCCAGGCUUACAUUUUAGCUCAGUGAGUAUUAGUGUGGCGACGCAUUUAUCCUCAAAUACUUUUAACGUCUCGCGUUUGUCUUGGAUGUUUGUGCUGGAUGUUUUGUAACCAGUUGCAAAACGGAGAAAAAAAAUGGUCUUUGUAUUUAUUAUUAUUAUUGUUAUUAUUAUUACCUGUAUUUUUUCUAUUGUGAAAAAUUUAAGUACAUCGUCUAUUUUAAAUAUUAAUUCUAAUAAAUGUUGUACAUAUUGUACAUAAAA